AUGACAUCCGUAUUUCGACGCAUACCGGUACAGAGCACUCUUAGAGUGUAUGAAAUGACUUCGACGCUCAGGAAGGGGCCCAAACCGUCAGAAGGGCCUCAAACGCUCCCACAAGCCUUGGCAUCGGCACAUCAGACCAUCGACUUUCUCCACGUUGACUGCUUGAAGGGCGUUCCGGUGGAUCUACACCUAAAGGAGAGCUCUCCAGACCCCUACUUUGCUCAGCAUGUCAGAGACAUGUACAAAAAAUUCUUUGGCAGUAGCAAGGCGCCGUCUACAGCAGACUCGGGGGCAGCAGCGCGGCUGUGCUGGAGCACAGGGGCUGACGGCUUCGUGCGCCUGUGGGAUCUGCGGCAGCAGCGCAGCGCGUGCGUUGAGGUGUACGGACACGCAGCCGCUGCCACGGGCGUUGCAGCUGCGCCAGACGGCAGCGCUCUUGCCUCUGCGGGGGCGGACGGUCUCUUACGCCUGUGGGAUGCGGCUUCUUUACGGCUCUUGAAGACAACAGACGGCGUCGGGGGGUCCCCCCUUUCGUCUGUGGCUUGGAGCAGAGGAGGAGGCCAUGUUCUUUGCACCCGCAGCAACAAUAGCAGCAACAAUAGUAGCAGCAGUAGCAGCAGCAGCAAUGCCACGCAGCAUGCCGACGACGGGAAAGCGUCUCCUGCGGCUGCAGCAGAGGUGACCCCACAUCGACGCCAGCAGCACCACAGGAUGCCAGAUGCGAAGGUGUGGAAUGUUAGAUGCUUUGGACUUGCAGCGGCAGCAGACGCUGCAGCGGCCUCCUUCGGCAGUCGUGAUGAGAGCAGUGCGAAGGAGUCAGCAGCAGCAGAAGCAGCGGAAGAAGAAGAAGACGUGCUGAAAUGGGCGGCGCUCGAGAAGCCCUUCAUGAAUCUUUUUGCUCCGCAUGCCACGCCACAAGCUCGCCAGCUCUGCGAUAGGGCGCAACGGCAGCUGCUGCUGCAGCAGGCAACAGCAGCGACCAGCGGUGCCUCCCUGGGAGACUCCCCGGUAAGCGAGCAGCAGAGGCAGCAUGCGGAGGCUUUACUUCGCGGCAGCUCCCUCGAGGGGGGUUCUGCAGCCGCAUCGGUGGAUCUCCCUGCAGCAGUCGCAGCUAGCGGUGCUGAAGGAGAGGACGUCUGGGGGCAGUUGCUGCCUUGCGCUGCCUUCUGGCGUGAUCGCGUCUUGCUGCCUGCCGCUGUUGGCUGUUGCUGUUGCUUUGCGGCUGCCUCGGGAGAUAUCGAGCAGCUGCUGCUUCGCCCCUGCUGCAGCAGGCGCAAAGAGGGGCAACAGCUGAGUGGUGUGGUCGCUGUGCAUCCUGACUGGAAUAUAGGCGUUGCCGCUACUGCGUUUGCUGGUGAUCGCUGCGCUCACAUAUGGUGCUUCUCUGACACCCUUCAGCAGCAGCAACAGCAACACCUGCAGCAGCAGCAACUGCAGCAACAGCAGCAACUGCAGCAGCAG